CCUUUGGGGUUUCCGGCGUGGGCGUGAAAUGGGAAGGAAAUGGCACGCGGUCGCGGUACUGACCAUAACGUACAUUGUGGCCACCACAGCCAUUGGGGCCACUGACAAAGGCCUCUCCAUCGCCGGCACCGUUGCAGCAGCGCCGGACGAAGCGAGCUCCCUGCAAAAGCUGGCCAGCUUGGACGGAACCAUCCAUCAACACGUGUGGCCGCCCUUGAAUGCUGGAUGGCGAACUGUGUUGGGGUCAUUCGUUGGAUUCUUUGGGGCAGCGCUUGGUAGCAUUGGCGGGCUAGGUGGAGGUGGGAUCUUCGUGCCGAUGCUGACGUUGAUUGUUGGUUUCGAUACCAAGUCGGCGACUGCGAUGUCAAAAUGUAUGAUCACGGGAGCUGCUGUUUCAACCGUGUACUGCAACCUCAAGCUGAAACACCCAACUUUGAACAUGCCAAUGAUAGACUAUGAUCUAGCCCUGCUCAUACAACCCAUGCUCAUGAUGGGGGUCAGCAUUGGGGUUAUUUGCAAUGUGAUAUUCCCCGACUGGCUUGUCACAGUUCUCUUCAUCGUCCUUUCUCUAGUUACUUCAACUAAAGCUUUUCUGAAGGGUGUUGAAACAUGGAAGAAAGAGGCACUAAUAAUAAGGGAGGCAGCGGCGAAAAAAUCAAACCAAUCUGGUGAUCGAAUUGAGUACACACCGCCUACCGGAUCCGAUGCCAUAGCAGAGACAAGACUCCCCUCGGAUGAAGCGGUAUCCAUUUGGAAGAACAUUUACUGGAAGGAGUUUGGACUCCUUAUCUUUGUUUGGGCAGCAAUCCUUACACUUCAAGUCGCCAUGAACUAUGUGGAAACUUGCUCCACUUUGUACUGGGUUUUCAGCCUACUCCAGAUCCCAGUGUCGGCUGGAGUGUCCAUAUACCAGGCAGUAGGUUUGGUGCAGGGAAAGAGGGUGAUAUCAUCAAGGGCAAAUACACAGACUAGCCUAAAAUCCCAUCUAGUGUUGAUAUGCUUCUUUGGUGUCACUGCUGGUGUCCUCGGCGGUCUUCUUGGCCUCGGUGGAGGCGCAAUCAUGGGGCCACUUUUCUUGGAGCUUGGUAUUCCUCCACAGGUCUCAAGUGCUACAGCCACCUUUGCAAUGAUGUUUUCAUCAUCCAUAGCCGUCAUAGAGUACUACCUCCUGAACCGGUUCCCUAUACCAUAUGCUCUCUUUUUCACAUGUGUGGCAUUCAUUGCUGCAAUCAUUGGUCAGCUCGUUGCAAGGAAACUGAUAAACUGGUUAGGAAGGGCAUCAUUUAUCAUCUUCGUGUUGUCCUUCAUGAUCUUCAUUGGUGUGAUUCCUCUAGGUGGAGUCGGUAUCUUAAACAUGAAGCACAAGAUGGUGCGGCACGAGUACAUGGGAUUUCAGGACAUUUGCAAGUCUGAUGCAUAGGAAUAUGCAACUUGAAUGCAUGCGACCAGUGUGAUGAAUUGUGCAGUUUGAGUGGAUGGAAUAGAUGCCAAAUUAAACCAAUGGGAUGGAAGAUCAAAAGUUCAUCACCUAAUGUAAUCAAUGAUUAUAUGCCGAUCAUACUUUAGUUACUAGAGUAUAUAUAUCCUGCAUUCACACA